CGUCCCUCUGCUGCCAUACGGUUUUGGUUUUGGUUCAGUCCAGUUUCUAGUUCGACAUCAGAGCAAUUGUCGUUGCAAAUGUGGGCGCGCGCCGUUUAGUCUUGGAGCGGAUUCGAUCCGGAGUAGAUCGCUUGUCGGGAACCCUCGGACAGAAAGCGCGAAUCACAGUUUUCUGGUGUAAAUUUUGUGAACGGAAGCUGGCUAUAAUGUUCCCUAGGUUGCUACAAUAGAUUGUGAAGAUCAGUUCAACUGAAACCGGAUAGCCCAGAACAUACCUAUGUGAUGUGAUGCUUCUGAUUAGAUAAGUGAGAAGUGAAAAUAGAACCCCAAGUGGAAUUGAAGCAUUUUGUGUGAGUGUUUGGUGAAAUAGUUUAAAAAAAAAUCAUGAACCCGAAACAAAUCAAAUAAGCGCAUCGACAGGCUAUUUACAGUUCAAGAAAUCAGCCUAAAUCGAGGAAAAAACAUUGAAACCGGCUCAAUUUGAGCUUCGAGGACGAUUGCUUCAAUUAUUUUCAUAGAGUGACCUGAAGACCAACCAUUCAAAAUGUUGGUCGAAUUAGACCUUAAGCGGAAAAUUGCCACCAUGGCUGGCACAGUCCUGACCGGGUGUGUCCUUUCGCUGAUCAUCGGCCCCAACACAAUUCUCCAGGCUCUUCUAACGGCUGCCGUUCUAUUCCUCCUCAGUGGAGACAGGCCAACGAUCGUUUACGUCACGGUCAUGACGUUACCCAGAGAUGCCAAUGCUGCCGUAUGUUUCCUCCGGCUGAACCUCGCCAUCCACCGGCUUAGCAAACGGUUCCGUUCCGUUCCGAGAAUAUUCGAGGAGGUCGCUGCCCGGCAUCCUUCCAAGGCGGCCCUGCUGAUGGACGAUCGCCGCCUGACGUUCCGGGAGGUGAAAGAGCUGUCGGACCGUAUCGCUGUCUAUUUCCACUCGAAAGGAUUCUCGAAAGGCGACACGGUGGCUCUGAUGAUGGAAACCCGUCCCGAGUAUCCCUGCAUCUGGCUCGGCCUGGCCAAACUGGGCGUCGUGACAGCUCUCAUCAAUACCAAUCUUAGGCGGGAGACGCUGAAACACUCGAUUACUGUGGCCAAUUCUAAGGCCAUCAUUGUUAGCUCGGAACUGGCGGAAGCUAUCGUCGAGAUCGCUGGCCAAGAGGGCGUGAAGGGCCUUCCAACGUUCGUUUAUUCUACGGAUGAAUCUACGGAACAAAGUAUUAUCGAAAAACUUCCAGGAUCCCACAACCUGCGACAGGCGCUGGACAGCGAGGACAGCGACCCAGCCACGACGGGUGUGGAUUUAAGUUCCAUCUGGGAUGAUAUAUCACCGAGAGAUAAAUUAGUUUACAUCUACACCUCCGGAACGACCGGGAUGCCCAAGGCGGCGGUCAUCACGAAUUCCAGAUAUAUCAUGAUGGGCACCGGCAGCUACUACAUGUUGAACCUUCGGGACGACGACAUAAUCUACAACUCACUACCGUUGUAUCACUCAGCGGGCGGAAUGGUAGGAGUAGGAACAGUGCUUCUGUGUGGUCUAACAGCUGCUCUCAGGAAAAAGUUUUCUGCCUCAAACUUUUUCAGCGACUGCAUCAAAUAUGAGUGCACGGUGGCACAAUACAUUGGAGAAAUUUGUCGGUUCGUGUUGACAACUCCUUCAAAGGCGACUGAUACUCAGCAUAAAGUUAGAAUCAUGUUUGGCAAUGGGUUGAGGCCUCAGAUUUGGACCCAGUUCAUGAGUCGGUUCAAUGUGAAGCAGAUCGCCGAAUUUUACGGCUCAACUGAGGGAAAUUCUAACUUGAUGAAUUUGGACAACACAAUUGGAGCGGUAGGAUUCGUUCCUGCUUUUGCAAAGGCCUUCUAUCCGGUCACAUUGGUCCGUUGCGAGGAAGAAACUGGCGAGAUUAUUCGUAACUCGGAAGGGUUCUGUAUUCGAUGUAAGCCAGGCGAGCCAGGAGUUUUCAUCGGGAAAAUCAAUCUUAAAAAUGCGCUGAACUCAUUCCAAGGCUAUGCGGACAAGAAAGCUUCGGAGAAGAAAGUACUGAAAGAUGUGUUCGUUCGAGGGGAUAUGUAUUUCAAUUCCGGUGAUAUUUUGGUAGCUGAUCUUUACGGAUAUUACUACUUCAAGGACCGAACUGGUGAUACCUUCAGAUGGCGCGGUGAAAAUGUUGCAACUUCGGAAGUUGAGGGCGUCAUCACAAAUAUUGUUGGAUUGAAGGAUUGUGCUGUUUAUGGUGUUGAUAUUCCCGGAACCGAGGGCAAAGCUGGAAUGGCCGCCAUAGUUGAUACCGAGGGUAAAAUCGAUUUGGACCAAUUGGCCGCCGGAGUUCGGGGCAGUCUGCCGGCCUACGCUCGACCACUUUUCAUUCGGGUACUAUCCGAAGUUCCGAUGACAGCGACUUUCAAACUUAAGAAACGAGACCUUCAACUGGACGGCUUUGACAUCAACAAGAUCAAGGAUCCCAUCUACUUCUUGCAGAACGAUGGCAAAUACAAACUUUUUAGUGAGGAGGACUACAAAAUCGUUAGCAGCGGAAAGGGCAAGUUUUGAGUUGUCAACCCGAAGAAAAGAUUAGCACCAGGCACAAGUUAUCGAAACCAAAAAGACAGAUUUAGAGUCAGAACAAAAACACAAAAUUCUAUUCCAUUUGACUGAUAGUAAGGUGAAUUUAUUUUGAUUUUGUUUUAAUUUGUCGAAUAGCUAGAUAGAGGAGGCAUGCGGAAUGAUUUUAAGUUACUUGAUUGUUGAGAAUCUCAAGGUUGAGUUGAAUGAUUGUUACUUUUGCCAUCAAUAGAUAAAGUUUAGAAUAGACAUACAUAGGUUCAUACUCUAGAAGCUUUUAGCAUAAGUUUUAAUGAAUAAAUGAUUAUUGAUGUAACUGAAAA